CUUCUCUCCAUCCCCUCCCCCCGUGACAGAGCACACCUGCCUGAUCUUGGCUGCAGGCGUCCACACAGUGAUCAGCCUUCGGCCUGCCGCACUGUACAUCGGCUCCAGCCCUCUCUGGAUUUGCGGAUCUUUGUCUGCAGCUCUACAUGGUCCUGUACGUGCAGGCCUCCAUCAGCAACAUGAAAUCGGCCUGUCUCUCCCUGCUUUUGGUGUCUGUAUGCUGGGCUUUGCCGUUCCGUCAGUCCGGCUUUAUGGACUUCAUGAUAGAGGAUGAACAGGGCUCAGGUUCCCCCAUGCCUCCGACUCGUAGACCACCCGUUCAGACGCCCCCUGUGCUAACCGAGGAACCUGAAGGACUUUUCUGCCCUUUCCGGUGCCAGUGUCAUCUGCGAGUGGCCCAGUGUUCUGAUCUAGGUCUGAAAAACGUUCCAGAAAAAAUUCCACUUGAUAGCACUCUCCUGGAUUUGCAGAACAACAAGAUCUCAGAGAUCAGAGAAAACGACUUCAAAGGCCUGAAGGGUCUCCAAACGCUCAUCCUGGUCAACAAUAAGAUCACCAUCAUUCAUGCCAAGGCCUUUUCUUCUCUGAUCAAUCUGGAGAGACUGUACUUGUCCAAGAAUCUCCUGAAGGAUGUUCCUGCUAACAUACCGAAAAGCCUCCAGGAGCUGCGUAUUCACGAGAACCAGAUUAAAAAGAUAAAGAAGUCCUCCUUUGCCGGCAUGGCCAAUGUCAUCGUCAUGGAGCUGGGCUCGAACCCUCUGAGUAGCUCUGGAGUUGAUAAUGGUGCUUUUGCUGAUCUGAAGAGGGUUUCUUACAUCCGAAUAGCUGACACCAACAUCACCUCCAUUCCCAAAGGUCUGCCCAGCUCUCUUUUUGAACUUCACUUGGAUGGUAACAAGAUCACUAAAGUGACUGCAGACAGUCUGAAGGGCCUCAAGAACCUGUCCAAGCUGGGUCUGAGCUACAAUGAGAUCAGCGUGGUGGAGAACGGCUCUCUGGCCAACGUGCCUCACCUGAGGGAACUUCACCUGGACAGUAACAUGCUGACUGCGGUCCCGUCUGGCCUGCCAGAACACAAAUACAUCCAGGUGAUCUACCUUCACUCCAACAAGAUUGCUGCUGUGGGAACAGAGGACUUCUGCCCACCCGGCUAUAAUACAAAGAAGGCCAUGUACUCAGGCAUAAGCCUGUUCAGUAAUCCAGUGCCCUAUUGGGAGGUCCAGCCCAUCACCUUCCGCUGUGUCUUCGACCGCUCGGCAAUUCAACUGGGCAACUACAGAAAGAAAUAGACCGUCCCAUCAGAUGACUUAGUCACUGUUUCAUCCCGCCCCUUCCUGUCUGACCUAAUCCUUUCAAGCACAUAAUUUAGUUUGAAUGUCAUAUCUCCGUUAACCCCGAAAUAAACUACAAUUCCAUUUUCAACAUGCA